AUGGCUACUGCUACAUCUCUGCAAGCAGAGGAUCCGCCGAAUCAGCAGCAGGCAGCCACGGCCAAGUCUCCCAAACGGGUUCGAUUUGAUGCUAGCGUCAAGGACACUGAAAAACUGGACGUAAAGCUACUGACUACGAUCGGAGAGAUGGUCCCUUACUUGAACAAGGCCGUCAAGGAUAAGCUACAGGGAAACCCAGCAGCUUAUGUCUGUUUGGUUGAAUUCUUGUCAGCACGACCACCAAAUCCAACUCCACGAUCUGACCAACUCGUGGCCUGGUUGCGAGCUCUAACUCAAAUCGUAUCCUCCCUGACUCCCUCCUAUUCGGCACUCGUCACCGCCGUCCUGGAACUAGACUCUAUAUGUCUAUCAACUGCCGAUGUGGCCCUGUCAUCUGCAUACACGACUCUGCUCGAAAACCUAGUAUCAGCACACGCUCAUUAUAUAACUCCUGUAUGUGAACGACUCAUAAGGGCCUUCAGAAAGGGCCAUAUUCCAGCAUCCCGUGCACAUAGUUGUCUUAGACAUGUGCUAGCAUUGAUUCCAACAGGUCCAUCAUUCUUGGCUCCCAUUGUAUCGUCCUCGUUUCCCCAUAAAGCUAUGAGUGUGACAGACCACUAUCAUUACUUGGACGGGAUACUGAAAAUGGUGGCAUAUGCUCCGAUGCUGCGGGAACAUGUAUUGGCUCUAGCUGUAGAUCGAGCCAUUCAAAUCGAUGUAGAAAUCCAAACAGGGAUUGACGAACUGGAAGAGGAAAAUGCGUUUAGUGAUGCUGUAUUUGAGGAAUUAUUUGGUCCUCCCAUGCCCUCAGACGGAACGCAUGUUGGUCGUACUAGUAACAGUCUCUCGAUUUCCACAAAGGAUAAUAAUGCUAUGGCUGUAGAACAGGACGAUAAUGAUGAAGCCAGUGAUGACGACGACGAUGAUGAUGAAACCGCUCAACCAUUAGUCAUUAGCAUACGAGACACGAUACAAAAACUAGAUGCCGUCCUACAUUUAUUAUUCGCUUAUAUUAGCUCAACUGUAUCAUCAUCGACAUCACCUUCUUCACCAUUCACCCCCUCCUUCUCAGCAUCUUCAGCAUCACCAUCUGUAAAUAAUAAAAAGUCACCAUUAGCCCAACUCUUCCCAUCAAUGCUGGACAUUUUCGAACGACUACUACUGCCAACGUAUCGUUCCCGAUAUACUCAAUUUAUAUGGUUUUACGCUUGCUCCCUGGACUCGUCACUACCAGAAACCUUCUUAGCAUGCUUGGUCCAACGAGCAUUCGACGAAUCAGCAUCUCCAGCUACUCGAGUCUCUGCUGCCGCAUAUAUAGGCUCCUUUUUAGCUAGAGCCCAAUAUUUAAAUAUUAGUCUAGUGAAAACCUGUAUAUCUUUAUUGAACGACUGGGCUUGUAAAUAUUCUCAUGCCGUAGAUUUGGCAUCGACUCCCACCGUAGUCGGGGCUGAAGGAUCACGCAAACAUCUGGUAUUUUAUGGUGUUUGUCAAAGCAUCAUGUAUACUUUUUGUUUUAGGUGGAAGGAAUUUAUGGAGAGUACUAGUGGCAACGAUGACGAUGAGACUGAUCGAGGAGGUGUAAUUUAUCGACAUCGGCUACCACCACAGUUGGCUGGAUUUGAUCAGGUUUUGAGAUCGACAAGAUUGAAUCCAUUAAAGUUUUGCGCAUCACCCAUCGUAAAAGAAUUCGCCACUCUGACUUCCGAACUGGAAAUAAUCUUCCUCUUCACCAUCUUGGAAUCGAAUCGACGAGUCCAAUCAAACUCUCCACCAAUGACUCCAACAACACCCACCGCAUCUAAUUAUGGUAAUAAUAAUGUCAAACCCGAUAAUUAUAAUAGUCCCAUCCCACGGCUUCUCGCAACCGCCUCACCAGCCAAUUCACCAAGCACUAAAGCACUCAGCAGCAUACCUACUGAUGUCCUGGAUACCUUCUUCCCCUUUGAUCCCUUCCAUCUACCCAAGUCCAAAAAGUUUGUGUCGAAUGUAUAUAAUGAAUGGCAGGGACGGGAUGACGAUGCUGGAUCUGAGGAGGAGGAAGAAGAGGAUUAUGAACAGGUUAUGGAGGAUAUUAAAGUGGCCGCUGCUGUUGAAUCAAAUGGUAUUGAAGAGGAUGGUGAUGAUGAGACUGAGGAGGAUGAUGAGGAAGAGAUUGAUGAUCCUAUGGAUGAAGAAUGA